AUGCCCAACGGCCUCAACAUCUUACCUUCGUACACGGAUUAUUUCAAUGCCAAUGCCGCAACUACCGGUCUCAAUACUGCUUCCCUCUUCGUUGGCGGUUUCUUUGGACCUCUCAUCUCUGGGAUCAUUGCAGAUCGAUAUGGCUUACGCCCAGCCGUAUUCUGGGGCUCUGUAUUGACUCUAGUUGGUAUCAUGCUUCAAACCGCUGCACAGAUUAUAGCGCUGUUUGUUGUCGCCCGCAUUGUCCUGGGAUUUGGCUCAGCUGUUUCUGGUAUUGCCGGCUGUGUCUAUCUGGCAGAGACCUUUCCGAGCAAGUAUCGCGCGUGGGCCAGAUUCCGUUGA